GUUCUGAAUGAAGAGGAGAUUAACCGUCGCGAACGGGAGAUCAUUGAGAGUCUUGAACGUUCGGAACAGCUGCAAAAAGAACAACAGCAGAGUAAAUACAUUUGGGAAGAUCCUGAGCAUCAGAGUGAUGUCACAGCAGAGGACAUGAGCGAUGCUGACGAACAUUUGCAAUAUCAAAUGGCUCAGAAUCAGCAAACAUCCUCUGAAUCCAAUAUGGACAUGGAGGUUGCUAUGAUGGUUCCAGAGGCCUCACCUAACAUCCCUGAGAGCUCUCACUCUGUCUCGGAGACAACAGACUCAGAGCCAAAGCAAAUGGAGUUUGAUAAUGUAGAAAGUAACCCUCCAACCACCUUUUCUUCCCUAAAAUCCACUGUUAACACUGAGGAGUCCCAAGUUGAGGUGCUUGAGAAGCAUGUAGUUGAGGCUCAGAGUGUAAAGGAAGUAGCCAAGGAUCCAGCUCUCGAGACUGACUCACAGUCCCAGGCUGAGACAGAGUGUAAGCUCAUUCCUGAGUCAAGUGACCCUGACCACUUGGUGGCCCACUGCGGCACUUUGGACUACAGUAGUGACUCUAUAGCUUCAACUGGCUCACUGCCAGAGCAGUACAAGAAACUGGCUGAACUGGAAGAAGAAAUGAUGCGUCAUGAUAAAGACAUGUUGCAGCGGGCAGGCAAGCUGACAUCAAGUGCUCCUGCAUCUCAGUCUGGCCACAUUCCUCCUCCAUCACUGUACGCCAGUCAAGAAGAAGCCUCUCCAAACGCCAGCAUUGAAGAAGGGAGUUUCAACUAUCCAGCAAAACCUACCAGUCUCCCUCUUCAGGAGUUCUACACUGCACCGACUUUUGGUGGGUCGUCCCCUCCGACGACUUUGCCUUUAGAUGGCAGUGCAGUCGAUGUGUCAUCAGGACAGAUGGUGGUGUCUUCACCAUCUGGAUCUCCUUCUCAGUACAGCACUCUUGCAUCCCCACAUCCGUUCAAUCGUUCCCAUUCUCAGAACAGUAUUGGUGGAGCUCCAAUACAUGCUCCUCUGCAGGGGGGUAAGAUCCUCUCCUAUGAGUACUCAGAGAGACCCUGCCCCCGAGCCUUUACCCCGCAAGAAGAAACUUCCUCCUCCACCUCCAACUAAACCUCAUUCUUCAGACCUCAACACUGUGGAACGUCUUGAGGCCAUAAGACUAAGCCGUAUGCCCACAAGCGAUGUCAGUGUUGGUUCACCUGAUCAGCCCGAAACACAGGGUCCCUCUGUAUCGCCAUCAGGACAGCAGAUGUCCAAACAAACACUGCUUGCCCUCUCAGCCAUACCAAAACCUCGAC